GAGCACCCCGAAGCCUCCUGAAGCCCCGAUCCUAUGGGCUGGCCGGGACAACGGGCGGGCGGCACCCUCACCCCUAGGGGCCUUCUGGCGUUUAGGACACGGGAAACAUCCCUUGGGACUCAGCUACACUUCCUAGCGGUCUUUUUCUCUCAAGCCUAUCCUAUUCUUCAUCCGGGGAAGGGGACAUGGUGGGGGCGUGGAGCGAGAACCCGUCUUGAUUCCGGAGCGCCCACCGGUUGGCUUUAGACCCUGUCCCUUGUCUUGCCCCGGGAGCCGCAUGACUCCUAGGCUGGCAGAAUAAACCGGGCAAAGCCCAAAGACGAGCCCUGUCCCAGCCCGGGAUCCCCAGCGCCCUUGUAUCUGAACUAACCAAGACCACCGAGAGCUGCUGUGCCCGAAGAGCCUACGGCUCGCACUUGAACCCGGCCCCCAUCGCCUUCACCCAGAGAGAAAGGCACGUUCAUUUUCCCCGGACCUCCUAGCCCUCCUAGCCCCGCCCCCGGAGAGAGCCCCGGGCAAGAACUGUAGGCGCUGCCCCGCCUCCCCGUCGGGCUCAGGUUUCGACCCCGGGAUUAGGUGAACUGAUUGUGGGGGUUAAUGAGAGCGGAGUAGCGGGCACGAACUCCCUCCCAGGCCCGCGAGCCCGGACCCCGGCUCUCCUGCUGCUGCCAGAGCAGCCUGCGCUCUCCCCGCCUGCUCUAAAAGGUCUCCGCCUGGCUGGGGCUGACGAAUUCGGGUGAAGGUGGGCUGACGGCGGCUCCAGCGACCCUUGGAGAGGAGCGGGGAGCGCGCCCGACCACCAUGCCUCGUUCGUUCCUGGUUAAGAGCAAAAAAGCUCACAGUUACCACCAGCCGCGCUCCCCGGGACCUGACUAUUCCCUCCGCCUGGAGAAUGUACUGGCGCCAGGCGGAGCAGACGGCACUUCGAGCACAGGCGGGGCGAAGGCGGAGCUCCGGGGCCAUGUGUCCCCCGAGUCUCAGCUGACCGAAGCCCCCGACAGAGCCUCCGCGUCCCCUGGCAGCUGUGAGGGCAGCGUGUGCGAUCGGAGCUCGGAGUUUGAAGACUUUUGGAGGCCUCCGUCGCCUUCUGUGUCUCCAGCCUCGGAGAAGUCGGCGUGCCCGUCGCUGGACGAAGCUCAGCCCUUCCCUCUGCCCUUCAAGCCGUACUCGUGGAGCGGCCUGGCGAGUUCCGAUCUGCGGCACCUGGUGCAGAGCUACCGGCCGUGCGCGGCCCUGGAGCGUGGCGCCAGCCUGGGCCUCUUCUGCGAGCGCGCCCCGGAGCCAGGCCAUCCCGCGGCGCUGUACGGCCCGGAGCGAGCUGCGGGCGGCGCGGGGGCCGGGGCGCCCGGGGGAGGCAGCGCAGGAGGCGGAACUGCCGGCGGCGCGGGCCUGGGGCUCUUCGGCGACUUCGGGCCCGCGGCGGCAGGACUGUACGAGCGGCCGGCCACCGGCGGACUGUACCCGGAGCGCGGCCACGGGCUGCACAGUGACAAAGGCACAGGCGUCAAGGUGGAGUCGGAGCUGCUAUGCACCCGCCUGCUGCUGGGCGGCGGCUCCUACAAGUGCAUCAAGUGCAGCAAGGUGUUCUCCACACCGCACGGGCUCGAGGUGCACGUGCGCAGGUCCCACAGCGGCACGAGACCCUUUGCGUGCGAGAUUUGCGGCAAGACCUUCGGGCACGCGGUGAGCCUGGAGCAGCACAAAGCCGUGCACUCGCAGGAACGGAGCUUUGACUGUAAGAUCUGUGGCAAGAGCUUCAAGAGGUCAUCUACGCUGUCCACACAUCUGCUCAUCCACUCAGACACCCGGCCCUACCCCUGUCAGUACUGUGGCAAGAGAUUCCAUCAGAAGUCAGACAUGAAGAAACACACCUUCAUCCACACUGGCGAGAAGCCCCACAAGUGCCAGGUGUGUGGCAAGGCAUUCAGCCAGAGCUCCAACCUCAUCACCCACAGCCGCAAGCACACAGGCUUCAAGCCCUUUGGCUGCGACCUGUGUGGAAAAGGCUUCCAGAGGAAGGUGGACCUCAGGCGGCACCGGGAGACGCAGCAUGGGCUCAAGUGAGCACCGCGCCUCAUUGGCGUGUGCAGUUACACAACACUACGGAGGGCAGCCUCCCCACUUGCCACCAGCCACUUCCGCAGAUCUCUCUGGGGUGAGACCUUUUCCCUUUCCUCGCUGGAACUGCCAGGGGGAUGUUACCUUUUCAAAGUCCAGCCUGGAGGGGGACCCGAAUGACUCCCUGGGCAGAGGACUCGCCAGAUAGGCUUCUCUACACCUGAAGACUCCAGGUGGAAAAGAAAUCAGCUAAAAUCUUCGGCCUGAUAGUCCUUCCCAUACCCAGACCUGUUCCACAGAUAGAAAGUUCCUUGGGUUUCUUCCCUUCUCUUCUUGUCUGACCCCAGAUACUUGUGUGGAAGAGGAGGAAUCAUCUCUCACAAGAUAGACACAUAUUAAUGUUUUUAUCUGGAAUGGAGAAUGAGUGUUAUUUUUUUCCUUCUGGGGAGUUUUUUGACCCCUUUUUGUUGGGUGCUGCCUAUAAAGCUUGGAGGAAUUGUUUCUUGCAUUUGAAAAUUGGUUCAGAAACUGAUUUGGGAAGGGAAUUUCAUACUUUUGAAAUUACAAAAUGGCACUGUAGAGCCUACCCAAAAAGAAGCAGAAGGAAAGUGGGCUUGGUGAGAAGAGAUUCAAGGUUCUCCCUCCAGGAGACUUGCGAAGGCUUCUUCAGAAGAAUGGACAAGACUGUCACCACUCAGCAAAUGUCUUUUGACCACCAGUUACCAUGGUAUCAGGCACUAUGCUAGAUACUGGUGAGCCAGAGAGUAACGUCUCAGCCUCUGACCCUGACCUGCAUCUCCAAGUAACUGGGUCUGUUCUUCCCCACAAAGGAAUUCUGAGAAGAUAAAACAGGAUCUUGAAACUUUCCUUCAGGUCAUUCGGAUUUUAUCAAACAUACACCAAAAAUAGCUGAAUAGAUACUUCAAAGAUUCGCAUCUAAAUUAAGUUUUUUUUUUAUUGUUAAGCUGGUAUUUUUAAGAUGUCUAAGCUAGCAGGCAUGUGGGAAUGAAGGCUCUGUCUUCAACUCUUUUGAACCCUCCAUGUGUACCACAGAGGGAAAAAAAUGAUAUUUUUACUUUGAUGUAAAUGUUUUUAAAUCUUCUGGAGUGUAUUAUGUUUGUUAAUACAUAUUUAUUAGAGUGAUGUUUUAAGUUAAUAAAGUAUUACGACUCUUACAUAUUGCUUUUCAUUUAGGCAAGGAAUUUGGGAAAGACCUUUGUUUUGGUCUGCAUGGGAAGUUGGCACUGCAGGACACUGGAGUUGAGUACAAAGCAGAUAAGACAACAUCCAGAAGAGAGCAAAAUCCAAUAGCUCUGGUUUUCGUGUGUUUCUUUUUUUUUUUCUUUCAUUCUGUGCCUGAGCACCUUCUUUCUUAACAGAAAAGCUAGGGUUACAAAAGUAAGCUGCUACCUUGCCAAGUCCCUGAUAUCCUACAUAAAUGUGCUCAGUCACUCAGUCGUGUCUGCAUCUUUGCAACCAUGGAUCGUAGCCCACCAGGCUCCUCUGUCCAUGGGGUUUUCCUGGCAAGAAUACUGGAGUGGGUUGCCAUUUCCUUCUCCAGGGGUUCUUCCCUACAUGUUUAUGGGCUCUUUAUUCUGAGAGUUUCAGGAUUUUUUUUUUUUUUUUUAAAACAGGCCAGAAGGCCUCCUGAUAAAUAAAGACAUUAGGAACCUUAGGUCUAGAGAUUGAGUCAGUCACGACCCUGUCACCAGCAUACCGGGUGACUUGGACAAAUCAUUUGACCUUCCAGAUACUGAUUUCCUUCACCAUAAUAAUGAAGAUAUGAUUCCGUCAUCACAGUCCAAACCUGACUACUUCUCUGGAGACUGGAGGGAAAGAAGUAUCUGAGAUUGAUUAGCUACCUCACCUAAAACAAGUUAUAAAUCUGAAGACUGAUGAGAGGCAGUAAAAUUGGGAUCUGGGUUAUUUCUGGCUCUGUCCCACCUGUGGGAAUUUCUGGCAUAGAUCAGUCCUUGAAAAGAAUGAACCCAGAAUAAGCUUCUAGCCUAAAUCCCAACUACCUGUACUCUUUCUAAUACUUGGUCAAGAUCGUGCACAGCCCCCGGUGACUGUCAGCAGAUUAUCCCAUUUCCGUUCAAAUCAGUUUCACCAAUAUUGGUAUGUGCCUGGCACUCUUCUAGGUGUUGGGGAUUCAGCAGUGAACACAAUGUCCUGUGGAGCUUUGUAUAUUUGGUCAGUGCCGAAUCUUCAGCUCCCAGAACAGUGCCUGGUACAUAGUAGGAGAUCAAUCAAUAUUUGCUGAGGUGGUUUAAGUGAAUAAGCAGAGAAAAUAAAGUCCUGCUUCAUCCUGGCUGCUCUGCUCUCUCCAGCAGAAAGGGAAGAGAAAUCGCUUGAGGGCCAGAGAAGCAAAUAGAACACGUAGGACUCUCUCUGGCUUGGAGAGUAAGGGGGGUUUUGACCAUGGUUUUCUCUGGUCUCUCCAAAUCUCGGUGCUUGGCUAUCCUUACUUGGUUUUCAAGACUCUUAUCUUUUCAUGUCAGUUUACUCUGAUUUAGAAUUGAAACAUGUACACUCUAUAAGACAGUUUAAGAUAAUUUUCCAGAACUGUUGGAUGAACAGCUGCAGCAUCCAGGAACCUCCUUCUAGUGUCCUGGGAAACAAGGUUCCCAGUGAAUAAAGAUCACAGAAUGAUCUUCUCACAGGAUUCACGGUGCACACUGGUUGAUAAUUUCUAACUUGGUUUGAAAUGUAAAGAAGCUACAUUGUGGGGUAAGUAGAACUGAUUGAAAUCUAGUGAACUGCUCUGUCCUGCGCUCUCAUUAUGACUUUUAGAACUUUGGUCCAUUUUUGUAACCUAUAUGCAAUAAACGUGGAAUUUUAA